GAGAGAGAGAAUGUUAUGCAACUAGUUAUGCAACUGUGACCUACUAACAUAUAUUUCCAGCACAGCGAGGGAGGGAGGACAUUGGAGCGCCUCAACACAACACGAGGAACCAAAAUACGAGUCACACUGAACGCGUGCCUGCAUACGAGCAGAGCAAAGGAGAGAAGAACAGAACGCUGAACGAGAAAGGAGAAUCGUGACACUUUGCAUGUCUUAUCAGUUUCUACCUAUCCGACACACCGGCUACAGAGCAACCAGCGGCUGUAUUGUGUGUUAAUUUGGAUACGCGUUUAAAGCACCAACGCCUUCCAAUACAUAGCCAUCUGGAGGCUCAGAUAUAGGUUGCACCCCUCCCCACUGUCUGACAAGCUGAGACAGACUGAGUGACCUACAUCCUGCAAUACGCCUCAAGCACUGGAGUCUGUCUCUGCCAGCUUAUUAACAUAGCCUUGUUGAAAAGCAAGGGGAAAAACCCUGAAAACAAGCAAAAAGAACAAGUGACAGUUGCCCUAAGUCAAUAGUUUCACAUUCUUGAGACUUCAGGAAUUUUUCUUCUUUUUUCUGUCCUGUUUAUCCCAUUGGCUGUUGGAGUGGCUGGUUAGGGAGUGCAUUGGAUGUUUAACACUAGUUAAAUGCAGGAAACUGUCACAGAGGCUCACCUAUUUUUGAUCUUUUUAGCCAAUCUGGACACUUAACAAAGCUUAUUAAUUAUUAGCAUAGGAACUUCAUCAAAAUCAAUGAGGUUGACCCCAACUGCAGAUAAAAUACCUCACAAGAUUUUUGCUGAUCCAGCUACUUAGUCCAACAUUCAAGACUACUGAAAGGAGGGAGACCUUACAGCCAUCUUGAUAACCGCCUUUCCCCUCCACCCCAUCCCUUAUUUUCCCAUCAGUAACCAUUUCCGAUGGUAGCAAGAAGAUUCCAAACUGGAUUCCUCUAAAGAACAAUGGAAAGCUUAAGCCCAGCAAAUUCCAGUGUCGGCAAAACCAUAGACAAUAAAGAAACUUUCUCAGGCUAUAACAACACUCUUCCUUCACCCAAGGGCAAUUCUCGUUCUGUCCGUCUUUUAAAAGCCAAGCCAAACAUGACCUGCCGACGCAAGCGUGAGUUUAUCUCUGAUGAGAAGAAAGAUGCCUCCUACUGGGAGAAACGCCGCAAGAACAACGAAGCAGCUAAGCGCUCUCGGGAAAAACGGAGACUCAAUGACAUGGUUUUGGAGAAUAGAGUUAUUGCACUGAAUGAUGAGAAUGUACGUCUAAAAACAGAACUCCUGCAGCUGAAACUCAGAUUUGGCCUCAUCAGUGCAGCCUCCUAUAUGGAGAAGAGUCAGCAAAUUGGAGGAACAAUGAAUGGAACAUCUGCAUGCUCCUCUUCUUCUUCUUCCAGUCAUUUCUACCCUAAUGGCUACUCCAGUGGCUCCCAAGUGAUGAAUUCUGAUUCUUCAGAGGCUGAGCAGUCUGUCCGGGGUGAGGGACUUGCCCAGUUAAUUAAGUAUUCUCCUCGAGGUUCUCUCUCAGAUAUGUCUGAUGGUUCUUCCCGUGACAGUCCAGAGCCAAUGAACUAUGAUAUCAAGCAGGAAGGGCCAGGGAUAGAUAUGGACAUUGCAAACAGCACAACCACACCAAUUAUGUUUAACAUCCGUCGUGAGUUGUCCAUAGCGCAUCAUCAACACACCUUUCAAUCAGGAUAUCAUAGCCACCAACAACAGCAUCAGCACCAAGAGACUGUCGUCAGUGCUGCUGCCCCUCCAGUGCAGACUGCUCAAAGAAGUGUCAUCCUGUAUCGCUCUAGCAGUGUCUCAUAUCCUGUAGAGAAUGCAAGACCUCAGGAAAUCACUCAACAGAAACUGCCACAGAUCCUUCUCCAACCUACAGAGGGGUCUACCAAAAGCACUGAAAGCCUAUCAGAGGCAUCUAGUCAGCAUGAAAGUAAGACUUUAGACACUCUGCCUUAUGAAUACUCAGAUGGAGAAGCAGCAAUGAAACAAGCAUACAGGGCCCAACAUCAGCGGCUUGUGGGUAGUUGUCAGAAAGCUGAGACCAUGGCGCCAGACCUUUGCAGACAAGGAGGUGAAGAGUUGUACCACUAUGACAGCCCACAGGAUGAGGAGCCUCCGGUACUGAGUUAUGAAGGAGGUCCCAGGAAAGAAGGGUACUAUCAGGGUCACUCAGGAAAGGACACCUCCUUAAGUGAUGGUGAUCCCCGCAGUUCUGACAAAGAUGCAUCCACUGAUGAUGAGUGCCCAUCUUCAUUUUGUUCUGAAUCUGGCAGUUAUCACCAGCAAUCCCCUUUGGCUGGAGGGCCAUAUUCCUCCCCACAAAGCCAAAGCAAAGACAGUCAAAUAGAGGUCAAAGGAACAGCAUUACCGCACAAACUACGCCUUAAGCACAGAUCUAUGAGUAAUGCUGGAUCAGCAACUCAAGAAUCUCCACCUACACCACCAGCACAUGUGCAUCCAUUACCUCAGCACCCUUACCUGGCUUUGCCUCAGUCCACCCAGCAACUUCAGGUUGGUUGAGAAAGGCUGAAACAGGGGUUAAGGGCCAGCCAACCCCAGAGUUCUGCCAGCAGGCCACUUCAACAGAGGAAAGAAGAAUGGAUUGUGGAAAGCAAAAUCCUGGUGUAUGCAACAGCAUGAAUAGGAGGCAUGACUAAGAGUGAAGGACACUAUGGGACCCACUGUGGUAGCAUGCUAUCAGACAUAUCCUUUAUCCUCCUUCACCUGGUAUUGGUGUGCUUGGGCAGCAGAGACAUAGAUAUAGAAAUGUCAGUCCCAAAAGCAGACAGAACUUCUGGUUAAACUGUAUUAUACUGUAAAGACUGCUUUGUUUCUGUAUCUCAUCCCAUAAUUACAAAAGCACUUGUGCAGCAAAUGAGAGGAGUGGAUGAUCUUUUCACAUUUUUCCCAAUCACAAUUUGUUAAAACAUGAUGUCAAGGUAACAGCAAACAUGGCAAUAGUAACCAUCUGUGAGGCAUUCUAACCUACUCACUAACUGUAAAUACCUGCUGGUUUGUGUCCAUUUUUAUACCAAAUCAGAGGCUAGCUGUUCACCACAAAACAUAUCAAACAUUUGAGCAUUCUGGGAAUAUUCCCUUGACCAAAGAAAUACAAUAGCUUUACAUUUCAUACCUCUGCCAUACAUCUUUUUCAUUUUCCCUAUUCCUGUUCCUGAAACCAUACUCACAAUCCGAGACACCACUUUCUCUUGUCCAAGCACUUGGUUUGUAUAUUACUGUGAUAUAAUUAUUAUAUAUAAAUAUAUAUUUUAAGAAUAAAAUCAAAUUGUUUUGGAAAAAAAAGAAAAAAUUGAAGGGCAAAAAGGAUUUAGAUGACUCACUAAUUCGUCAAAAAUACUGUAUAAUAUCAUUGUGUUUACUGUUCAGGUGUCAUUUAAGUACCUUUUUUGAUUGUGUAUUUGUUAUUUUAAAAGUUCUCAUUGUUUUCAGCAACUUACCUUUUUAAAGAAAUUCAAAAUGCCCCGAAUUGUUUUAAAAAAAAAACCUGCGGUAUCUGGAAUGUCAUAGAUUAAACAAUUUUAGUGCAAUUACAGCAAUUAUAUAAGACUGGAAAUAAAUAAAAUGUAACCAAUACAAAUAUUUUAACAAGUCCAACUGCUUACAAAUAGGUAACUGAGUUACAGAAGUAUGAUGACGCUGCAGUUUGCAGCCAUGAUUUUGAUGUCCUGCCCUUGAACCCUUACUUAAGCCAUUUGGCUCACUGACGUUCACAGAACUUGUAUGUCUGUUGUAGACAAAACCCUACAUAUUUCCCAUAUUUAACUUAUUUUAAUGAUAAAAAUGUAUUUGUGUGUUUUUUGUUUGUUUUUUAUUUGUUUGUUUGUAUUUUGUUUUUGAAUGUGCCUCAUUUAGAUUCACUGUCUUUUGUUUUUCAUUUUUAAGUCAAGUCUACAUGUCACGUCUGGCAUAGAGCACUUAUUAAUGUAUAAAUGUAAAAUUUCUUCUACCCUGGAUGACACUGUAUUCUGUGCUUUUUUUUUAUUAUGUGUGAUUUUUGAGAAAAGUGUUGUCCUGUUUUCAUGUAUUUAAACCCACCUCUGACAUCUUCUCCUGUUCUCCUCUUCAAAGCCUUUUCCCUCAUUCUAUCGACGUGUAUUAAAUUCAGUGAUCUUUGUGUUUUCUGUUCAUAAUUUGAAAAAGAAACAAAGAUUCAACAAGACUUGUGUCAUUGUUGUCACACUGUUUUGAAAUGGAUUCAUGAUGUUACAACACUAAUAUACAUCAAAGACAAUGGGUGCAAAUGCAAAAUGAAAAAAAUAAUAAAAAGGAUGUUGCUUUUCUGACAA